GUUUUCAAUAACAAUUUGUGUUGUUCAAAAAUAGUCAAAAAUUAUAAAAAUGAAAUCAGUAAUUUAUGUGAUACUUUUGUUUAGUUUUGUAAACAUUUCAACAGAACAGCUUCCACCUUCAAUAAAACUUUGCAGACGAAGUGAUCCAAAACUUGGUGAAUGCAUCAUAAACUCCAUCAAUCAUCUGAAGCCACUUCUAGCGACUGGUGAUCUUGGACCGGGACUUCAAAUUCCACCACAAGAGCCUUCAAAAAUUGAUGACAUAUACAUAGGAGAGUCAGAUGGGAUACAGAUUGUACUUACUAAUGUGACAAUCCAUGGGACAUCACAGUUUCAUAUUCAGAAGCUUCGUGCCAACAUGCAGGACCUCAAAAUGGAUGCAAUUCUUCUCUAUCCAAAACUAGAGAUGACUGGACACUUUCAAUUCAGAGCAAACUUAUUCGGAAGAACUGUUACAAAUGACGGAGAAGUUGUCAUUAAAAUAAUCAAUUCAGUCAACAGAAUUACAAUAAAAAUGCAAAAAUUCAUCAAAAAUGGCAAAGAAUACAUUAAAUUCGAAGAUGUAUCAAUUAAAAUAAAAUCCAGCAAGCCAUCGUCGGUUGAGCUGAAGGGAAUUUUCGGAAGUAAAACAUUGAAUGAAAUUGCUGGUGCUUUAGUGAGAGAAAAUCCUUUAUUUAAAUCUGAUAGAAUGAAUCCAUAUUUUGAAAAGAGUUUGUCACAAACAAUGACUAAAGUUGCAAAUCAAAUUGUGUCAACAGCGACGUUUGACGAGACUUUUCCUCUGUAAUUUUAGAGUUUCAAGGAAUAAAAACCAAUAUUUUUUAAGAAUUGUUGAAUGUUGAGGGUUUUCUUUUA